AUGCAGCUGGGCCAGCAGCAACAGCAGCAGCAGCAGCAGCAGCAGCAGGAACAGCAGCAGCAGCAGCAGCAACAGGGAAGGCUGCACCAGCGGAAACAGCCUCAGCAGCUCAAAGGCCACUCUGGCCUCCAGCUAGCUCAAGGAACUCCAGGGGCUAACAGCGUCAACCUGUUGCCUCAGCAGCAGCAGCAGCAGCAGCAGCAGCAGCAGCAGCAGCAGCAACAGCAACAGCAAAGCCAGCAGCCAACUGCCCGCGCCGCUGCAUCCGCUGCAGCUGCUGCUACGGCACACGAAGCAUUGCUUCAACUUAGAAGGCAUCCGGCCUUCCAGCAGCAGCAGCUGCUGCUGCUGCUGCUGCAGAAGCAGCAGCAGCAAAGCAGCAGCAAGCGCAGCGGCUGCUAA